UGUGUGUGAUAAAAUCACGUUAGUAAUCAAUUGCAGGCCCAACAGCCCAGACCACAAAGAGAAGCAGUCGCAGUCAGUCGCACCACCGAUCCACGAUCCACUGAUCCACCGAUCCACGCAAUUGUUGCUGUUUCUUUUUUAGACAAAAAAGAGAUAUAUUUUUUUUUGGGCUGUUUACAUUUUGGCCAAAACGCCACACCCACACACUCCCACGUCCCGCUCACACACACACACACACACGCACGCAACAGAGACAGCAUGAGGCAGCCAAGUAGACAGCACAUCCUGGCGCUCCUGAUCCUCGGCAGCGCCGCCUGCCUCAUCAGCGCCGUACCGCUCCCGCAGCCCGCCAACGGCAACUCCGAGCUGGACGUCCUCCAAAUCCCGCUUGCCAAUGGCAAGGAAAUCGAUGUCUUGACAUUGGGCGCCAAAGACCAAGAAUCAUUGAUAGCCGAUCGCAACAAACGAACGAUUGGACUGCUGCGCGAACUUUUCCCCGACAUCACCAAGAAUGGAGCCACCGAUACCCAGAUCGAUUUGUCGGCCAUCAACAAGCAAUUGGAGGAGACGAUCCGAGUGGCCCGCCAGGUUAAGGAGGCGGAAGCAGCCGCCGCCGCAGUUGCCGCCCAGUCCCUGUCCCCAUCCUCAUCCUCCGCCUCCUCGCCGGUUGCCCAGGCUCCCAUUCCCCUGAAAUCCAACGAGCCCAUCCAGCUGAGCUUCAACAACGAACUGCCCAGUGUCUCGCCAUCCUCCGGUGUGAAUGAAAAGGCCCUGAGCACCAAUGAUCUUCAGCUCUCCGAGUCCAAGUCGCCGGCGAUCGAUGAACUCACCCUAGACUCUGCGGAGGAGACCGCCGAUCUGGACGAUCGCAACAAAAGUAAUCUGUUCAAAAGGUUCCUCAGCUUCGGCGGUGCGGGUCUGGCCGGCGGCUCAAGCGGCGGUGCAGGAGGUUCGCCCAGUGGCAAUGCUCUGGGAGCCGGCGGCUCCGGCAACUUCCUGCUGGAUGUGGUGAGGCUCUUUUCGGGCAGUGUUCAGACCCAGCAGGGCGAUGAGGCGGCCAACUCGGUGGGCGGCAGUGCCAGCAGCAGCAGUAGCAGCGGCAGUUUGGGCGGCGAUGCGGACGCCGAUGGCGAUAGCACUCGCAACGCCGAUGGCUACACCGAGGGCAUUCCCGGCCCAGUCACGCGCCUCGUUGUGCUGGCCAAUCGCGGUCUGGCCAAUCUCGUCCAGGAUUUGAUUCUGCGCGUUGCGGCCACCAGCGAGAAGUUCGUGAACUUCAAGGCCAAGCUGAUAACGGCGCUGAUCUAAGGUCAAGGGUCAGCACCGGCCACGCCCUCGCCCGAAUUAGUCAAGUCACCAACCUGUACAGAGUCAAAUGCAGCAGAUCAUCCUCUCUAACUCGCUACCCCCAACCACCCCGAAAGUCUGUCUCUAUCUCCCUCUGUCUCGCCGCAAAAAUAACCCCCUUUCCACUGACCCACACACCCACUCACAACACCACCCCACACACACACACACAAACACGGCCACUCAUUCACACGGAGAGAAUUUUGUUCGAUCAAAGAAAUUUCCCGGCAAUGUCAACAUCUUUUUUUUAAAUUCAUAGCAAAUUUUUUUAUAACAAAAACGCAAUUAGUUAAAACAACUAAAAACAAAAAAAUUAUAAAAUCAUAAGCAAAAUUGGAAGAACAAAACACGAAUCAAAGAAUUUUAUUUAUAUGUAUCAAUAAAAGAAACAAAAUCGAAGCGAAAGUAUGGAAACAACAUUCAUAUGAAUACGAGUAUGUAUAGAAGAAGAAACGCCUGAUACAAUUAUUCCUGCCCUAGUACUAUAUCUCUAUUUUCCCUGACCCGUCUAUCCAUAUCUUUAAAAUUUCCAACGGCUUUUGUAAAUAUUUUGCUAUUUGCCAAUUUUCCCCCACCACUUUUCCUGAUCCCAAUUUCCCUAAUUUGUAUUGCCCUCUUCACUCCUUUUUGUGUAUAUUUUGUGUUCUAUUAAAAAAAAUCAUGACUGUGGUGUUUUAUUUACUAUUAUUUUUAAUUAUUUUAAAUGAAAACGAAACGAAGAAGAUGAAUGUGAAGAUAAUGAUGAUUAUGAUGAUGAUGAAGAAAGCUAAGUGGAUGCAGAAGACACGUCAAGUUUCUAUUAGAUGAAAUGUAGCCGAGCUUAAUGUUUUUUUUAUUUGCUGUUGUUGGUCAAAGAGCCCCAAAAACACCCAUACACAAACACGCACAUUCACUGAAGCAUACUCAAUAUAUAAAACCGAUUCGAUAUGCCUAUUAUAUAUAUAGAACCGUUCUUGUUCGACUUCCCUGUGUCCCCUGGAUUUGUUUGUAACUCCCCAUAAUCCUAAGCGAAUUGUGUUUUUCUCACUAUGAUUUUUUUCUAGCUAGCUAAGUGAAACUUUCGAAAAUGUGUAUAAAAUAAAAUAAAAUGAUUAUAAAUAUUUCA